AUGCAGGGACGGCGUGAUGAAGAGGCCGCUGCGGCCGAGGAGCAGGCCGACGACCACGAAGGGGAGCAAGGGGAGGAAGAAGAAGUGGAGGAUGAUUUGGAGCUGAAUCCCGAGACGAUGCUACCCAGCUUCAGAGAAGCUCCAUCCCACGGUGAUGCUUUCAUGGAAGAUGGUGUUGAGGCCCCGAAGAAGAAGAGACGGGCUGCCAAAGCCAAGGCUGAGCCCAAUGAGGAUGAGGAAGAGGACGGGGUCCUGGACGGUGGAUCCGGUGAUCUUCCGCAAUGGAUGCAGAAGGACACCGUCCUUCAGAAGGUGAUCGCCAAGCUUGGCAAGGUGCCGAAGUGCUUCACAACUUUGGAUCCGCAGGAGAACUUGGACCCCGCGAAAAGCCCUGUCGGCCGACAGCUGCGAGGGGCCAUGCCAGCUCGAACCAUCUUACAGUAUAUGGAGGGCCAGAACCAGAAAGAAGCGUCUUUGCUGAGUUCACGCUUGCGACUGCUGGAGCAUGUCGAGGCCCUGGCACACACCCCAAUUGCAGGCAUGACUCGGGCAGAGGUCCGGGCCCACGUGUCAGCAGCCGUCGAUGAGAGCCUGCAGAUUCCAGCGAGCCUGAAAAUCAAGCUGCUGGAGAGGUGGGCCAAUGACUUGUUCCUUGACAUGGCAGAGAUGAAAGAUGCGAAGAGUGCUGAGUUCAAGAAGGUUUUGGACGCCUACAUGCUCACCGUGUGUGCCUUCAUUUCCCCACCUGAUGGUUUGGAGAUCACGGACUUGAACCUCACAGCAGCUGUGCUGUGGGAGUCAGCCAAGGAAGAGGUCGACUACAAAAUCCAGUUCGGUUCCGCGACACCGGAAGACCGGGCACAGAUGCUUGCCGAGACCCAGCAGGCAGCUGCCGAUGCAGUCAUGGAGGGCCUCUUCUGUGACAUCUUUGUGCAAAUGCUGAAGGAUGUCCAUCUCCAUAAGGACAAGCUCCUGAUGAUCCUCUCCUGCUAUCUGCAGAACUACACGGACGAGGCGAGGGAGCUCAUGGACAACAAGGAGGCAUUGCAGAGCGUGUGCGACCGCUUCCGGGACGUCGCCUUCGCUUUGGCUGCUUUGCUUUGCCCGGAGCCAAACUACCUCGGGUCCAGCCCCACUCACAUCAACGACGUGAUGAAGUAUCGGGGUUCCAAUGUGUUUGAGGCUACCGUCCGAGAUCACCUCCUGCGCAAAGGUGACAAGGAGAACCCCAACUUGUGGGCCAAGUGGUACGAUGAGUUCUUGUCGAAGGGUGAGGACACAUCGAAGCUUUGGCCCAAGCUCCUGGAAGCUAUGGAGAGCUUGGACGGCAUGAUGGCUGAGGACGAGAUCUUGACCAUUGAUGUUGCGAGGUUGGUGACCAUCGUGCAGGAGCUCCCGGAGAUGAAGAAGUCUAUGAGGCCUGGUGUGUGCAGGGAUGCAUUCCAGAAGUUGCUGCCAGUGCUCAAGAAGUUCGUGACUGCAUUGGUGAAGGCAAAGCCAGGCGAGAUCGGCUUGGGAACGUCGGCUGUGACUGCCUUGCAAGCCGGUGUCGCCUUGUUCCCAGAGGAUACUUCCAUGACAAGGCUCGGUGAGCACAUGCAGAAGUUCCGCAAGAACUCGGAGAAGGAGAUUGCUGUCACAGAACUUCUUAACAUUUGCAAGAGCUACCCGACGGACUUUCAGGCGCCCAUGCAAGGCAACAUCGCGCCGUUCCUCGAUGCCUGGAAAGCUUGCCCAGUGGACAUGAAGAAUGCCCUGCAAGGUCGCGAUUUGGAUGUGCUCAACAGCGCCAUCUGUUGGAUCUACCGUGUUGUCGCCGACCUCUUUCGGGCAACACGGCUGCCGUGCUAA